GAGUAAUGAAACAGAAUCAUGUCAUUGCAGUUCAGAACCGAAUCAAAUAGCUUGACCAGUAAUUGAACACUGAAGGGCCUGUAGAGUGUAGAAUGUAGAUACCUACUAGACAAUAAAAUAAAACGCCACAAGAAAAACAAGGAUCGCAUUGAUCGCAAAGGUAUCGUCAAGACAAAAUGUCACUGAAACACGUCUACUUGAAGUUGAAAGGAAAUUUAAUGGAUUAAGGGCCAUUGAAAGGUUUCACACUUCUGAUUAUAAUACCGAUGUUUUAAGCCGGCCAAGAUCAAGUCAACAUUCAAAAAUGUUCAUACAUGUGGGCCUCUUCAAUUUCCAUUUGCCGCUUUCCAAUGAUUAACUAAAACUAGGGGGUGCACCGUGCAUGCCUUCAGCAAAUGGCCACAAGGAAGCCAAACCAUUGCAAAACACUGUGGCGCAGCACUAUAGCUCAGGAAUCCCUCUCACUACCAUCCAUUGUUAUCAAUUUUGACCACACAUUGAGGAAAACGUUGCUGACAUGUCACAACCCUGCAGAGAAGCUAUAUAGGCGGGGUACGGCGAGGAGGGGCCAGAGCCCGGCAGGAGCCGGGCCCGAGACCGGGCCGGUACGGGCAGAGGUACCGUCGAGGGAAGUGAAGCGUCUAGACCGAGGUACCGUGCCUUCUUCACGGAAGGUGCUUGGGCGGCGGAGCGGGUCGUCUCAGAAGGCGGGCCACCAUGGACACCAAAACGGUGCUGCUCGUGGCGGUGAUUCUAUUCUGCGUCAGCCAAUUCACAGCCGGCUGUGAGUGCAAGAAGCAAUGUCCGCGGCGAGCAGCUACCAAGACUGGGUGUGCCCUCUCCACUGGGGACAAGGGAGAGUGCUGUGAGGGCUCUGAGGGCCAUCAGAGAGGGGCUACCGAGGCGUCAGGACCACAUGAACAUUCCAUCAGCAGGCCUAAGUCAAAAGACGACGACGAUGACGAUGAAACUGGUGAUGAUGAUGACGAUGACGAUGAUGAUGAUGACGACGAUGACGAUGACGAUGACGAUGACGAUGACGAUGGCGAUGACGAUGACGAUAAUGAAAAUAAAAAGAACAGAAAUGCAAGACACAGAAACAGCGGAAGAAAGGGGAAUGACAGAAAAUUGCGUCAACGAGACCAUCGAAACAAGAGUGAGAAAAAUUCAAUCAUAUCAAACCAGCAUGGAAGAAGCAAGAAUACAACAGGAAGCGAACACGCUGUUAGCAACGAAACCAUGGGAAUGAAGCUAGACAAUACGACAAUAGUAUCGAGCCCAAAAGCAUCAAAUACAGACAACAAGACCACAGCAGCACCGAAGCAAGACAGAAGAAACAAAACUUCCAAGCAAAACCAAACAAAGACAUCACAGAUGCCAGACAGCAAGGCAACAACAGCGACGAAGUUGGAUAACAAGCCAAUGACGACAAAAACUACAACAACUGCAACAACAACAAAGGACAAGAACAGCUACGAGACCUACCUGCCUCAUGAACCCAACGUCACGUGCCUUCCCCCGGUGCUCUGUCCAAAAACCACCUCUCACUCUGCCAUAGGGUCCCACUCAACUUGUAAGCUCUCUGACGGUUCAUCAGGAGUCGCGUGCUUCUCCUCCGGUACGGGAUCUGACACUCGUCAGGAAGCCCCACUCGUUCGAGGUGAUGGAGCUCCUCUGACAAGCGGAAGAGGACUGAAGGGUACGUCAAGAGGUGGCGCCUGUGUCCCACUAGUUCUGUGUGCCCAAGUGGCGUCCCAGCCUCAUCUGUUGCUUUACAACUGGUGUCGUCUUCCAGAUCAGUCUCCCGGAGUUAUCUGCCAGUUCCAUGCCACCCAGACCCAAAGCAGCCAGAACGCUGGUGGCCCAAAACCCCACAGGUCCAAACGAGCGAUUCCAACUUCCUCGCCCCUGGCCAGUCUUAGUCCUAUUGAUACGACGAAAAUGGGAUCGAAGGACUUUUUCCGAGUUUCUCAGUCUGCCGUCACUUCUCUUCAAGGCGUCAUCCAAUCCGGAAGACAGGCGUUCUCUCCGAGCACAAGUACGUUCGCGGCAGCAGCUCAGUCUCAAGCACCAUCUCCAGAUCCAGAAAGUCCGACAGCUCUCACCUUUCUUAACUCCAUGCCCUCAAACGAAGCCUUGGCGCUAAACGAGCGAGCGCAGCAGUCUGUCUCGACAGUUGCUGAUCUUCAGUCCUUCUCUAGUGGCAGCCUAGAACGCGUGCAGAGCAUUGGACCGACGGGAGCGUCCGACGAAAUUGAAAACAGGAUCGGCUCGAGCGCUCCCAUGUCGUUGGCGACAGUGCUGCUCGUCCCUGAGUGUGUCCCAGAGGCGCCGACCCUGUGCCAGCCCAGUCUCUACCGCUCGGUCACCGGUGUUUGCAACAAUUUGCGGUUCCCAACAAGAGGGCGUGGAAGAACAGGGUUCAAGCGCCUCCUUCCAAACACCUACGACGACGGUUUGUUCACGACUCGAACCAGAGCAAUCCGAGGAGGUACCCUUCCCAGCGCAAGGAAAGUCAGUGAACGCGUGCUGGACACAAUGUCAAAUGAACUACGCGACUUCACAUUGUCUGUGAUGCAAUGGGGUCAAUUUAUCGAUCAUGAUCUAACGCAUGCGCUGUUGACAAGACGCAGCGAUGGCAGUGGUAUUGAGUGCUGCCUGAAUAACGGCAGGACUUUCCCAGACUUUCCACUUCAUCCUGCAUGCAUCCCCAUCCGUAUUCCCAGCGACGACCCAUUCUACAGCCAGUUUGGCCAGCGUUGUAUGAGCGUUGUUCGCUCUUUACUAGCUCCAGAUCCGCUGUGCAUUGCUCGUCCUGCCAAUCCUCUUAACGAGCUCACCGCUUAUCUAGAUUCAUCCAACGUCUAUGGCAGCGACGAGACGAAGUUCAACGCUUUGCGCGCCUUCCGAGGUGGUCUCAUGCUUACCAGCGCGCAGGAUCUCCUUCCGCGGACAGGUAAUGACUGCCGCCCAUCCGCCGGCGCUUGUUUCCUGGGUGGUGACAGUCGUGUUAACGAACAGAGCGGUCUGGUCGUCAUCCACACCAUCUUUGUGCGCGAACACAACCGCAUCGCUCGUGGCCUAGCCCGCAGGCAUCCCAACUGGAACGACGAGCUGCUCUUCCAGCAGGCCAGGAGGGUCCUGAAUGCCGAAUGGCAGCAUAUCAUCUACAAUGAGUGGCUGCCGAUCAUCAUUGGAUAUGACUACGCAAAUGCGCAUGGAUUACUGCCACUGAGAAGCGGGUUUUCAAACUUAUACGAUCCCCUCGUUGACGCGUCCAUGUCCAACUCUUUCUCUAGCGCUGCGUUCCGUUUCGGCCACAGCAUGGUUCGAGAUGUCUACGACCUUAUCAACGCGGAAGGUCAGGUGUUCAGGUCGAUCAACAUCACCAGAACCUUCUUCGACCCGAGCAUCAUCACAGAGAGUCUCGUCGGCCACGCGCGGACGCUAGUCGCGCGCCGAUCGGAAACGUUCGACACAAGCAUGGCGGAAGGACUUCACGAACAGCUCUUCACCACAAACUUCAUAUUCGGCCUCGACCUCCUCGCAUUCAACAUCCAGCGCGGGCGCGACCACGGAACUCCAACCUACGCGCAGGUCGCUAGAGCUUGCGGUAUAGUCGACGUCGCCUUCUGGGGUGACCUGUUUCGAGUCAUGUCGCCGGAAGCGAUCGACAAGCUUCGUUCCGUGUAUGACGAUCCUCGCGACGUGGACCUCUUCAUCGGAGGUGUAGCGGAGGAGCGUGCACCAGGGGCGCAGGUCGGUCCCACCUUCCAGUGCUUGAUUGGCCAGCAAUUCUUCGACCUGCGUUACGGAGACCGGUUCUUCUACGAUAACGGUGGCUUCCCACAUAGUUUCUCGUCGACACAGCUGCAGGAAAUUCGGAAGAGCAGCUGGGCCAGGAUCCUGUGUGACACGCUUGGGCCGGAGUUUGGGAACGACUUCACCCGGGUGCAGCCGCUGGCAUUCCUAACCACACUGGGUGUUAACCAGGUCAUCGACUGCAGGACAUUGGCUAUUCCGACUGUGAACCUGGAUGCAUUUUAAUGGGAUCCUUUCACAUGCUUAAAAAUGGCAAGGGUUCAACCUUACUUAGCUUCACUGAUUCUCUAUCCCUUUUUGAUUCACGUGUUCUCAACUAUGUUAAGCUGCAGACCUGAGAAGAAAAUAAUAAAUACAGAGUAAUUACCAUGGUGCAGGCAUAUUAUGCAUUGUUUUUGACUGAAAGCUUUUGAAUAUAAACGAAGUGCGAGGUAAGCAGGA